UGGCCCAAUUUGUAAAUCCAACGGGCCGUAAACAAUGUGAGCAGUCGUCACUCACACUCCUUACUUCUGAAUCAGGGUUUAGGGUUUAAGCGUCCAUGCCAAACACUCGUUUUACAGAGAGAACUGGCGCUGAUUGCUGAAGCACUGCUCCAAAUCCCAAGUCCCCAAUUAGGUCUUUGCAGCGAUUACAGCGCCUUUGAGAGGGUUCAGGCUUGGUCGAAGGAGGAGUCUGGUCGGAUUCAUACAUCUGCUUGAAUUUCAGUAUAUUCAGGGUGGUGCUCUGAAGUGUGUGCUAAAAUAGGAGGUUUGCCUUGUAAUUUUGGGAUUGGUUUUGGCUACUGAGUAGUUUAAGUUGUUGCUGGGUGGAUUCGAUUUUUGAGAAUUCGGGGUAUUUAAUUGAGUGCUAGUGGUUAGAGCAUGUCUGCAGAGGCUAAAUUAAGGUUUAAGCUCAAUAAGAAACUCAAAGCAUCUAUUGGAAGGCCCAAGUUUCACAGUGAUGGAAAAAGGGACAGUGACAAUGAUAAUAGGAGGGGGAGCUUUAAUAAGAAGGGGAUAAAGUUUCACAAUUCUGAAGAAGGGAGUCGUGGAGAUCUUAAUAAAAGGGACGAUUCUAAAACCAUGAAUGGUGAUAGGAGAAGGAAGAGAAUCUAUGGUGACCAAGACACAGAUCGGGAUUCUCAGUCUUCUAGAAAUGGAGAGGCAUCUUAUCGGAAGCCUUUUUCUAGGAAAGGACCGAACCAAGUAAAGGAUGGUUUUGAUAGUGAAAGGAACGAUACUAGAGCUCCUUUGCGUCCUCGCUCUAGGUGGGGUUCUAAUUAUUUGGGGAACACUGAAUCUGAAACUAAACGUUUUUCUCGUAGGAGUCCCAGAGAGUCCAAUAAAACCAAAAGUAAGGAUGGUUUUGGUUAUGAAAAGAAUGGAAGUGAAUCUCCUUUGCGUUCUCGCUCUAGGUGGGGUUCUAAUAGAUUAGAGAAUGCUGAUUCUGAAACUAAACGUUUUUCUCCUAGGAGUCCCAAAGUUUACAAUAAAACCAAAAGUAAGGAUGGUUUUGGAAAUGAAAAGAACGCAAGUGAAUCUCCUGGGCGUCCUCGCUCUAUCUGGGUUUCUAAUGGAUUAGAGAAUGCUACUUCUGAAAAUAAACGUUUUUCAUCUAAGGAUAGAGGUGCAAAAGUUUCCAGUAAAACCAAAUAUAAGGAGGGCGAUAAGAUGGAAUCUGUUACUACCGAUGGUGGUCAGGCUAGUGCACUGAAGAAACAUAGCAAAUUUAAGCCGGAUAAGAAAAUUUUGAAUGAAGAAUCAGGGGUGAUAGAUGAUCAACCAAAGAAGAGGAAGCGAAUUCGAUUAGAUCCUCAUGAUAUCUCAAAUAAAAGAUUUGAUGAUACUAUUGUUAUAAAUGAAAGCAAAAAGGAGAAGGAAAAAGAUGAGGAGGAAAAAGCUGAAAUCUCAAAAAAUGCACAGUUUCGUGCAAUACAACCAAGUUCCUCAAUCCUAUCUUAUGUGGAAGAUAAUUUGUUGGGUCGUAGACGCUUGAUAGAGUUGAGGAGGGCAGGCUACAACACUGAGCUUUCUGCCCCAUUGGAUAAUAUUCCUUUCUCUACCAGCUCAGAAAGGGAGAAUAUUGAGGAAAAUAUAUUUAGAAAUAAAUUGACAUUUUUUGCCGCUGCGAAAGUUUCAUCAUCAUUUCCACCUCCUGAUCUUCCAGAGAUUGCAUUUGCAGGGAGGUCAAAUGUCGGAAAAUCAUCACUACUUAAUGCACUUACUAGACAAUGGGGUGUUGUACGAACGUCAGACAAGCCUGGUCUUACUCAGACUAUUAACUUCUUCAAUCUAGGAUCAAAGCUCUGCUUGGUUGAUCUGCCAGGGUACGGCUUUGCUUAUGCUAAAGAAGAAGUUAAGGAUGCUUGGGUGGAGCUUGUGAAGGAGUAUGUUUCGACAAGAGUUGGUCUAAAACGAGUGUGCUUACUUAUUGACACAAAAUGGGGAAUGAAGCCAAGGGAUCAUGAACUCAUUGACUUGAUGGAAAGGGCUGAAACUAAAUAUCAGAUUUUAUUGACGAAGACGGAUACAGUUUUCCCAAUUGAUGUGGGACGUCGUGCAAUGCAAAUUGAAGAGAGUCUGAAAGCAAAUAAAUCUUUGGUCCAACCUGCGGUGAUGGUGAGCUCGAAAUCUGGAGCUGGUAUUCGAAGUUUAAGAACAGUGCUAGCAAAGAUUGCUCGUGUUGCCAAAGUCUAAUACGUAGUGUCAGGUGGUUAUGUACUUCUUGGCUGUGCCGGGCAGCUUGUACGAUUGUUCUGGCUUGGAAGCCGAAGGUCCCCAACUCAUGGAGAUGCCGGAUGCACGCAGAUUGUUUGCCUCCACAGAUUGAGCAGUUAAAUGAGAAUUAGUUUUGUAGAUUCUAGCUUUAUUUAUUUUUUGAAGUUUUGAAGUUGAAGGUUCUACAGAUUAUAGGACCAUUUGAUCGCAGACAUUUUAAAGAUAAUUUUGAAAGGCUUUUUUCGGCUGA